AUGGAUAAUCUGUUGAUGAGUGAAGAGUGGCUAACAACCCUAUCCAGGGUCAUCGAGUUAAGUACCCAAAACUCUCAACAACGCAACAGGCAACGCAACAGGCGUAUUGUGCGUAGGUGGUGGAUGCGUCCAAUUUUUUUCCGGCGGCAAGAAGAUGGCAACCGUUUGCUUGACAAUAUUGUAGCAGAGCAAGCAAAUGAAACCAUGAUUAACUUUCUUCGCAUGAAGAAGGAAGAUUUUGAUGUUCUCCUUGACAUGAUACGCCCAGAAAUAAAUAGAAUGAACACAAAUAUGCGCGACUCCAUAACAGCCCAAGAACGGUUGCUUAUAACGCUGCGCUACUUGGCAACUGGAGAAACAUUCAGUAGUUUGCAGUAUUUGUUUCGGGUGUCUCGUUCCUCUAUAAGCAAUAUAGUCAAGGAAACUUGCUCCUGCCUUACUAAAGCUCUACGGUCAUAUGUGAAGUUUCCUUCUACAAAAUCACAAUGGUUAGAGGUUUCAAAACAGUUUGAGGAUCGUUGGAACUUUCCACAUGCUAUUGGAGCAAUCGAUGGCAAACACGUUAACAAACAUCAACUUACCAGCCCCCGUCUGUGUGGAUUGCCGAACUUUUGA